AACAGAAAUCUAUGACAAAUGCUGAAUUACAGAACAUUUGGCAGAGUAUUGAUAGUGUGGAUCUGUUUCACAAUAAUUUUGAAAACAGUGAGAAUAAGCAGUGCACUAAAAGAGAAGAUUCAGAGUUAAAUGUAGUGUCAAAAGAAUCAAACCCUGUUGAUUUUGAAGUUUCAAAAGAUAAUGAAUUACGAGUGAAUGAAUUAAACAUGCAGAUGAUUUCGAAGAACUUAUAUGAACAAUUGUUUGGACGCUGCCAUAAAGAUGUUACAUAUUCGCCUGAGCAAGUCGCAGUAUAGAAGAACAUUUCUAUAACAUUGCAACAGUACAGACAAAGCUAUAUUUGAAGAUCAUACAUGAGAUUAUGAAAGAUGUUCCUGAGAUGCCUAAAGAAUGGUUACUUCAAGAAGGAUG